AGGUGAAUGGUUGGACUGGAUGAUCUUUUAGGUCUUUUCCAACCUUGGUGAUUCUAUGAUUCUAUGAUAAUUUAAUCUCAACACAUGAGUUCUACUUGUUGUUUUUCUGUUUGCUUUUUUUUUUAAAUUCUCCCUACCAUCCACUGGGAAGAGGUGAGUGUGAGCGAACAACUGUAUGAUGCUAAGGUGCUGAGCCGUCUGCAAGGUUAAACAAUAGUAAAGACAAGAAUAAAGUUUUAUUUCAGAUACUUGCUUUAAUUGAGUUUUGAAAGGCUGUAAAUUAAUAAAAAACUAGCCACUGUGAUGAUAAAAAGGAAGUAGAUCAGUGGAAAAAGUUUUAUCUGCAUGAAAAAUACACCAUCUUUUUGAGCUUGUGUUUGAUCUCUCUGAGAAACUUUUUGAAAUAACUUGGGUCAAGAUGUAAGCUGGGCAAAAAUGAACUGAGUGGUUCAUUUUUGAGUGGAACUUUCUGCCUCUCAGCUGUAUCAUUUCCUGAACGAACAGGUGAUGGUAGAUAUAACAUAUUUGUGAGAUGCCUGUGCUUACCUGUACUUUUCAAAUAAGAAAGUAAAUACUUAAAGACACUGUCGUUUUUGUUCUUUAUUCAUAUGGCUUGUGGUGAGUGUGUCCAGGCACUCACCUUGCAUUUGUAGGGUUCUUUCAAAUAGUUUCAUUUCUAGAUGUAGGAGUCUCCUGCCUUUGUGUGUGGGCACUUAAGAGAUCUGUGUAAUUGGGUGUCCUUUUUCUUCCAGAAAAUGCUUCUUCCAACAAAUGCCAAGAUGCACGAUUGCUUUUUUUCUUUAUUUCUCUUAAAUGAUAUCGAGCAUGGUUGUGGAUACCGACGUGAUGUUCACUGAUUGGCAGAACCAUGUUUCACAGCACUGAAAGCUCUUCUCUGUAGGUAGACUGAGUGCAUCCUCCUGGUGUUCUCCACUUAUCAUUCAGCUGAGGCAACAGAGUACAGCUCCAUGAAAGCCAGCAAUACUGAAAUCUAAUGCUGAUGUAAGAAUGAGAUUUCACCUUGCAUCAAGUGAGCCAGGAAAGUACUGGGAUCACAGGAAUUCUGACUCCUGCUCAGCCACAAAAUUAAUUGCAUUCAAGGAAGGAGAUCUCCAUUGCUUAAGGAGUGUACCAAAUCUUCCUCUUUUCUCAAAGAUGUUAGGACUCAACUAACCUUAGCAGCCUAUGCUUCUUUGUAUCUCUCUCCUGUGAAAGGUUUAAAAGGGACAGUAAUUGGAAAUACUGUUUGUAGAUGUGAGAUGCAGUACAUGGAAUGAAGUUUGAGUUAUCAGACCACUGAUUCAGUUCUUACCAUAUGGUUAAAGGCUUGAAAUGUUUUCUGCCGCGCAGUAAGAUGUCCUAAAUCCUUUUCUUCAAACAGGUUUCAAAUAUCCUUUGUCACACUAUAUAUGUCUCCUAAUUCUUCUAUGAAUAAACUGACCAGCUGUUGUUUGUUUUAGACAUGAAGCUGCUUGGAAGUCUCUUGAUUUCCAUCUUCUACAGUCUUCAGUGACUAGAGUGUUUGGCACUGAUGACUAAAGUUGAAGUUGACUGAGUGGAGGAGGUGGUGGGGAGGCAGACUGGAUAAAGCACUUUUCCCAGUUCUUAUAUCUGUGUGGUUUCUCUGAAAACCUGUUUAUUUGGAAGUCCCUGAACAAAUCUGUGUUUGAUAGCCAAACAGAGCUGUGGUGAGUGCUGCCUACCUGCUAUCCCCAACGUUGUUUGCUUUUGCUAUUCCUUGCUUGUGAUUGCUUUGCCUUUUACUUGUUUUAGACAUGUGGUGAAAAAGAGCUCUUCUAUGGCUUCUGUUUUCUGUUUUACUGCUCUGUCACAGUAAGUACGAAAAUGGCAAUCAUAUUUCCAUUAAGAAAGCAAGUGCCAGCAUCUGUCUUCAGGGCAUUUCCUGCCAUUCAUCAGGGACUAAGAAUUUGUUUACUGCUUUUUGGGAAGUAGCAAUGUGGAGCUGCUGCUCAGAGGUGCUGAGCUGCUUGGAGGAGUCCUGGCAAACAGACACCAGGCCCUAUCUGCAAAAGAUGGUAGAGAAGCACGUCAUGGCUGGAGCAAACCCUGGAGUGUGCAGCUGCUACCAGGCAGAGCCAGGUAAUUGUUAUUACUGCCAUGCAGCGUUGGGAAAUUGAAAUACUGUACUAUUUGCGCUGUGUAACUUGGAUCUAGUUUGCUUACUGAAAGAUGUUGCAGUGUGCCAGCACCCUCUUGUGGGCUGUGGAAUAGUGUGGAGUUUUGACUUGCAAGAUGGAAAUGGCAAAAUCUCUUACAGCAGUGGCUGUAUAUUGUCCCAGGUUGCAGACUCAGCAUGUGUCCCUAAUAAUUAAAAAGACAGCAGCAGUCUCUGCCAGCCAAAAAAAACAUCAGAAGUAUUUCACAAUGGAUGUAGAUGAUGAAGAAAACAUGAGUUCAAGCAGCACUGAUGUUAAAGAAAACCGCAACAUGGACAACGUUCCCCCCAAGGAUGGCAGUGCACAAGGCACCGGGGAGGGGGCUCAGCUCUCCAAUGGUGGCAGCAGCAGCAGCAGCAGCAGCAGAAAGCGGCCUUUGGAGGAAGGCAACAAUGGCCACUCCAAAUUUCGCCCUAAGAAGAGGAAGAAAACACCAGGUCCUGUCUUGCCAAAGAAUGCCCUGAUGCAACUUAAUGAGAUCAAACCUGGUUUACAGUAUAAGCUGCUGUCCCAGACGGGGCCAGUUCAUGCCCCAAUGUUUGUGAUGGCUGUUGAGGUUAACGGACAGGUGUUUGAGGGCUCUGGCCCCACAAAGAAGAAAGCCAAGCUCCACGCUGCUGAGAAGGCUCUGCGGUCAUUUGUCCAGUUCCCAAAUGCAUCAGAAGCACACCUGGCCAUGGGGAGGACUCUCUCUGUCAACACGGACUUCACCUCUGACCAGGCAGACUUUCCUGACACGCUUUUCAAUGGAUUUGAAACUCCAGUUCCUUCUGAUGCUUCCUUUUACCUAGGGUCCAAUGGGGAUGGCUCCUUUGGCUCCAGCAGGGAGUAUGGUCUGCCAUCAGCUGCUGUGGCAAGUAGCCUUACUCAGUUGCCUCUCCCUGCAUCAUUGCCAUACCCGACCGCGAGUGGGAAGAAUCCUGUAAUGAUCCUGAAUGAGCUCCGGCCAGGCCUGAAGUAUGAGUUUCUCUCAGAGAGCGGGGAGAGCCAUGCCAAAAACUUUGUCAUGGCUGUCGCUGUGGAUGGGCAAACAUUUGAAGGAUCAGGAAGGAAUAAAAAGCUUGCGAAAGCUCGGGCUGCUCAGUCAGCCCUGGCAUCCUUGUUUAACAUGCAGCUGGACCAGACUCCAUCUCGACAGCCCAUUCCUAGUGAGGGGCUCCAGUUACAUUUGCCACAGGUUUUAGCUGAUGCUGUUGCACGCUUGGUUGUAGAUAAAUUCUGUGAUUUGACAGAAAAUUUCACUUCUCCACAUGCACGUAGAAAAGUCCUUGCUGGAAUUGUCAUGACAACAGGUACGGAUGUCAAAGAUGCUCUGGUAAUAAGUGUUUCUACGGGAACAAAAUGCAUUAAUGGUGAAUAUAUGAGUGAUCGUGGUCUUGCAUUAAAUGAUUGCCAUGCAGAAAUUAUAUCCCGCCGGUGCCUGCUUAAAUUUCUGUAUACACAACUCGAGCUUUAUCUAAGCAAUAAAGAUGAUCAGGAAAAAUCCAUUUUUAUCAAAUCAGAGCGAGGCGGUUUUAAACUGAAGGAGAAUGUGCAGUUCCAUCUCUAUAUCAGCACGUCUCCUUGUGGAGAUGCUAGAAUUUUCUCACCACAUGAAGCAGCACAAGAGGAUCAAGGGGACAGACAUCCAAACCGCAAAGCAAGAGGACAGCUACGAACAAAAAUAGAAUCUGGGGAAGGGACGAUCCCUGUGCGCUCUACUACCACCAUCCAGACAUGGGAUGGAGUGUUGCAAGGAGAAAGGCUACUUACUAUGUCAUGCAGUGACAAGAUAGCAAGGUGGAACGUAUUGGGUAUUCAAGGAGCCUUACUUAGCCUCUUUGUGGAGCCAAUUUACUUCUCUAGCAUCAUCUUGGGGAGUUUAUAUCAUGGGGAUCAUCUAUCCAGAGCCGUAUACCAGAGGAUAGCAGAGAUAGAAGAUCUACCACCUCUUUAUACACUCAACAGACCUUUACUUAGUGGUAUUAGCAAUGCAGAAGCACGCCAACCAGGGAAAGCACCAAAUUUCAGUGUAAAUUGGACAGUGGGAGACAGUAGUCUUGAAGUUAUUAAUGCUACAACUGGCAAAGAUGAAAUGGGGCGUGCAUCUCGCCUCUGUAAGCAUGCUUUGUACAGCCGCUGGAUGCGUGUUCAUGCAAAGCUUUCGUCCAGCUUGCGCUUGAAGAUCUUCAAGCCUAACCUGUACCAUGAAACCAAGCAAGGAGCCACUGAGUAUCAAACUGCCAAAGAGUGUUUAUUUAAAGCAUUCCUGAAGGCAGGACUUGGAGCAUGGGUGGAGAAACCCAUAGAACAGGAUCAGUUUUCACUCACAGUCUAAUUCACAGUCUGCACGUCAGUUUGGAAGGGGAGUCGCUUUGGAAAUCCUGGUGUCCAGCAUUGCUUUCUGACAACUCCAUACCUGUUAAAACAUCUUUUUACUGUUUUUUCUUUUUCAAAGCUUGGUAGUAACUGUUUUGGUUUUGCCUAAGUAUUGAAACUCAAUGAUAAUCUGACACAUAAUUGUGUAUUUUGUUAUGAGAAAGUAAUUUCUGGUGUAUUUCUAGAAAUACUUUUACUGUAGAAAAUCUGCAGUAAGGCUGUCUGUCCUUACAGUAUACAAUGACUCAUUUUUUCUGGGUUAAAAUAAUUGCUUUUUUAAUUUGAUGUCAUCAAGUGCAUGAAGAAAUAAAUAUUUAUUUAGAUUUUACACCACACUUGUAAGAAGUAGCUUAAUUUUGUAAGAGGAAAAUAGGGAAUGAAGAUGAUUCUUCUCUUUUAAGUUGUUUUUGAAUUGCAGAUGUUGCUAGCAUCAUCUACAUCAUUAUACAUGCUAGAUGUUGCUAGCAUGUAGCUAGACCACUGGGCCAGAAUGAAGUCUGGACAAGUAGUUUUCCCCACUUCCUUGCUCUUUAAAACCAGCUGCUGAGAAAUUCAUGUCUUUGAUGUAUGUAUUUAUUAGUCUAUGAUCCCAUUUUUAACAUGCAGCUUUCUAUUCUGGUUUUAAAAAUACAUUUACCUCCCAUUUACACACAUUGUGAAGUCUUUUUUUUUUUAAACCAUUGUAAACUGGAAACAACAAAAUGAUUAUUUGUAAGUUAUGCAGUUUAGUCUAUAAUGUGCAGAACUCUGUUUAGAUGUAGGUGAUUUGUAUAUCCUUUGAACUCAUUAGAGUUACAAUAAUAAUUACAACAUGACAAUUUAGGAAAAUUUGCUCAUUUUUAGGUCACUAAGCUUGAAUGGCCAAAAAAAAGUCACUCAGUGAACAUUAAUUGUUCUCUUCUAAAACAAAUGAAAAGCUCUUGUAUGGACAAAAAGGUUGUUAAAACUUCUCUUCUGCUUUCAUUCAAGUUGUUGUGUCCUUUUCAUUACCUUUUGGCUUUACAUGUGUGAUGGUCUUCAUGAAACUAAUUGGGUAAGUUGCUCUUAAAUGUGGUUUAAUUUGCUUUGACAAUUAGUUAGGUCUUCUUCAUAAAGAUGUAAACACUUCAGCUUUAUGUAAAAAUGUAAAAUAGAAAGAAAAUAUUUUGAGAUUUGUUUGAUUAGCUGUUGUACUAAAGGCACUAUUAAAAACUCUUUUUAGUAUAUGAUAUUUAGGUGUGGAUUAGAGAAUGUCUGAAACCAGUUAUCUGCUCCCAAAGUCUAUGUCCAAACCCAUCCUGUGGCUCAUACCUUUUCAAGUGUCAUGCUUGCUUUUUGGAAAGCCCCUUGGUGAUCAUCAUUCUUUUGCAAACAGUGAAGGAGAUGUUCAUUGACACAGAAGUUUCUGACACAAAACCCAAGCCAAGUGUGUCUAAUCCCCACUUCUUGCCUGCGCUGCCCAGGACAUCAGAUCCAUGGGCUGGGCCAUACUCUGAAGUCAAGGGUUGUUUUGAGACCUGCACUGGGUCAGAGAUGCAGCUUUGGGUUGUGUUGGCACAUUUGUGGGGGAAGUGAAGUGGAGCAAAGGAAUUCUGCAGCCAGCCCUAUGGCUAAAGCCUUUGCCUUCUGAAGCUGUCACUGAAGUUACCGUACCUCAGACCAAGCAUCUCUUGGGGGGUUACCGACUACUUGGACCACUGGAGACUUUGUAGAAAGCACUUCUGGCCUAUCAUGAACGUCAAGGAGACAUGCUGCUUUGUUAUUUCCCAAGUAGGAACCCAUUUUCAACUUCAAAAAAGGUCAGGCCUGAUAAAUCACUAGUGUGUUAGUUUCAGCCUCUGGAUUAGUGUCUUGGCAGUGGUGCGUGGAAACGCAAUUGGUGUGCUUUUGAUGGUAGUAUGGAUAAUAGCAAGCACUGCAGGAAGGCAAGCAAGUCCAUGGAUCCCUUCAGAAAAGACUGAUGCUUCCAGAGGCUACCAAGUUUUCCAGGUGCCAGUGGAACAAAUGUGCGCUGUAGUAGGCAGGCUGUGUUGAUUCAGCUUUGUUGGCAGCUUAAGCUGUACUGUCUGUUUCUGCAUUACAACGAGGAGUGCUCUCAUGGCCUCUGCCAGCCCCAAGAAGCAGGAGGGCAACAGUUUCUGAAUGCAGUCUGGGCCUUUGCCAUUGUCAUCUCACUGAGGUUCAGACUGACUUAUUCUAAAGCUAAAAGUAAUCAAAUGAUUUUUGGUCAGAAUUUGCAAAUGCUUGAGCUUUUACUAUUGAAAUCAGUCCCAUCUUGUGAAUGUUGCAGAAAUGCUUUUAUGGCUGUAAAUAAAUCUGUGCAUACAUUUUGCAGGAUUGAGGGAAAGCUGGUUGCUCUGUGUACAUUUUUGUGGGAUCAUUAGCAUUAAUAAGUGAGACACACAUUUUUAAGGGACUCAGUCUGUUGAUAAAUGAGGUCUGUUUAUAAUUUCAAACAAAUAACUUACCCAUCUUUCUGAAUUACUCAAUGAGACGUUGAUCUCUCUUUGGAUUUUUUUGAACACUAGGAAAGUAUUAGCUCAAACUAUUUUUUUUACUAAGUCACAAAUAUGAGCAAUAUAUUUAAGUAUUAUUAUAGGCAUAGUUUUUUAAGCUGUUCGAAUGAAUAAUUUUAAUGAAACUGUAAAGGAAAUCUGUUCCAUGUCACAAUCUUUUGAUGAAGGAAUGGUGCCAGGUUAUUUAUUAGGAAUGGGUUCUCUCGUUUAUAAUUCCAGGAUUUUAAAAAGUAAGAAGUUUUCCAGGGUUGUAUGCAAUCCAUAUCUGUCUUGUGGGAGUCAAUAAAAUACUGCUUGGCUUCCUUCA